GCCUUCUUUUACUCCGUUUCGACUUUCGAGAGAGAUCUUAACGAAGAGAGAGAAAUCAGAGGACUCCGCAACUUCAACAAGAUUUCGAGUUCCCAGAAAUAGUCUUGUUAAAACAGUUAGUUCACUUCCUUUUAUCCAUAGCUGGAAUCUUUGCGUUAAAUUUCGAAAUUUGGUUAUUUUCCUAGAUGUCAUACUCUCGGAGAUCAAGGUAUUCUCUUUCUCCUUCACCUUACAGGCGAUACGAUAGGUCGGUUUCAAGGUCCUUGUCAAGGAGCCGAUCAAGAAGUCGUGAUUCAAGUGAUGCUGAGAAUCCUGGAAACAACUUGUAUGUUACGGGGCUUUCUACCCGAGUCACAAAGAGAGAACUUGAAAAGCAUUUUUCAACUGAGGGCACGGUAGAAGAUGUCCACCUUGUUAUCGAUCCAUGGUCUCGAGAAUCCCGUGGAUUUGGUUUUGUGACUAUGGCUUCUGUUAAGGAGGCUGAUAGAUGCAUCAAGUAUUUGAACCAUUCUGUGCUUGAGGGCAGGGUUAUAACUAUUGAGAAGGCCAGGAGACGAAGGGGUAGAACACCUACUCCAGGGAGGUACCUUGGGCUGAGAACUAUUCAUGGUUGUUCUCGAAGCCGUAGCCGUUCACCUCGGUAUUCAUCUGAGACAUAUAGCAGGAGCAGAAGCAGAAGCAGAUCUUACUCUCCUUACUAUGGUCGUCGGUAUUCAUCUGGAAGGAGCAGAAGCAGAUCAUACUCUCCUUACUACAGUCGGCGCAGAUCAUAUUCUCCAUACUAUGCCUACUACAGACGCAAGACGUACUCCCGGCCACGUUCCCCAUAUGGCAGGUCACCAGUAAGCAGGCGUGAUCGAUCUUACUCCCCCUAUUACAGAGAUUAUUCACCUGAUGAUCGUUACCGAAGAAGAAGUCGAUACUGUUCCAUUUCACGAAGCAUUUCUCCCAGGUACCGGCGAUAUUCAAGGAGAAGUUAUUCGCGCAGCGUCUCACCAAGGUAUCCAAGGCAUUCAAGGAGGAGCUAUUCUCGGAGUCUCUCUCCACUGCCUAGGAAGAGCUCAAGGCGGAGCUUCUUGCGUAGCCUUUCACCCAGGCGAAGGAAAGGCUGGAGGAGGAGAGUUUCUCGGGAUAGCUAUUCUUCAAGGAGCUCUUCAAAAAGUUAUAGUGCAUCUUCUAGAUCUGUUUCAAGAUCUGUUACUCCUACAUCUGAUUGACCUCCUUGUGUGUGGUUUCCCUGUUUUAGUGUCAAGCAACUGUGAAGAGUCGAUCUGAUGGUUUGUGUUGACUUUUUAAGCUGCUGUUCGACUCUCUCUAUAUUUUAGUUUCUAUGUGCGACUGUUCCCAGUUUUUCGUCCCUUUUGUUUGGCAAUUGUGGCCAUUUUAGGCAUUGAGCUUAAGCUUUUUUUUUUUUUUUGUUUAUUCCCCGUGUACGUUAUCGUUACUAUGAUCUGGGGUUAUGUGGCAUAGAUCCAAGACUGCGGUGAGUUGGUUUAUUGUUAAUAGACGGGUUGAAGUCAGAGGCAGCUACCCUAAACCAGGAAUGGAGUCGUGUUGAAAGCAUGGGAGCGCGUCAUUUCGUUUCUUAGCUGGAAAGUCCACAAACGGAAUAGAAUAUUCUUUCAGGAACUUUCGAGUCUACAUGUUCAUACAUGCCCGAAGGAUCAGGCGCUUCCCUCGUAGUGGUGUAUUUUCACAUAGCUUUUAUAUGCAUUUAUAUUUGAGAGGGCAAAAGUUGGAUUUCUGGAUUUCUCAGUGCAACUAUCAUUUCAUGAA